AUCUUACUUCAUUUUGUAUAUACAUCUACACGAUUGCAUGCACAUGAUUGCUGUCAAACGCGACGUCGAACCGCCGAAGCCGAAAAUCGAAUGGUUCUCUUUGUAGUAAACGGCACAACAAUUGCGUCCACGUUGCAAUGUCCGGGAAUGAUGUAAAACAAGCCCUCAGGAAAAUGGAUUUUCCCUACUGCGCCAGGGAAGCUCUAUGUAAAAUAGAGGUACUCUGCUGCAGGCCUGGCAAGCAAGUAGAUCUACAAAUGGACUUGAUAUCGGAGUUUGUCUUUGGAGAAAUAGAAAGGCGGAAGAAACGCAACAUGACCAUGGCAAUACAAGAGCUGCAACUGAUUGAGAUCAUGAGUGACUUCUUCCAAAGUCCAGGUGGUAGUCCUGCGGUACGCAAUGCUCUCUUCUUAUCGCUCUUCCCAGCGGACAGUCCCAGGUAUAAGACCCUAGGUAACCUGGUAUCAUUGGCAAUCGCUACGGAAAACAAAGCAGUUCUAAAUGCUGCUGGAAUUUGGAUGCAGCAGUUGGGCUCUACCUCACCACAGAGCGUGGGACUGGCAAGACACGUGCUCAAUGACUACUUAGUGCUUACUCCGAAAUCCAUUGAUAAAUUAAAACAACUGCCCGUAUUAGCGCCACAUUUCACUGCCAAUCUACUGACAGCAAUAGGUGAAGUUUACGAAGAUAAAGAUCCACCUACUGAAUUGCUCAGAUUAGUAGGCGAGUGGAUAGACGAAAAUGCGGGUUUAUUAUUGACACCACUCAUGGACAAUCCAGCGUUACCUACUGGCGGUAUCCCGAUGACUCCGAUAACGCCGAUAGCAGGACUGUUCAGAUGGUGUAUAUUGAGUCCUUUACGUCAUGACAUCAUGGAAAAUACAGAGAUUCAAGAAGAGUCGCAAAAAUUUUAUUCAAAAGUUCAACAGUUACUCAUGGAUUCAGUCCUUCGAUUAAAUAACAGCGGUAGCAAUAAGCACGCGAUCUCGGCGCAACAUUUGGCAUCUACUACGCGUUUAUUGACGGCAAACCUACAAAAUCGUCCGAACAUUGAUGCGACCUCGCGCGAUCUAGCAAUGGAACGACUUGCGCAAGCUGUUAGUGCGGCUAUGUCUGCAAACUGUAUUUAUGGAAACAAACAGGAAUUGUUAGCUCUUCUGCAACCACUGUCGUAUCAACACUUUUUGAUAGAAUGGACAUUGCAAACUUAUGCAAUUAAAGCAGCUUGAGACAAGGACAUUGUGGCAACAAUGACGAGAAUGACAAUAUAAUUUGUUGAUCGUCGAUAUUCUAGCUCAUUCAUUUAUCAUUAUUUGUACAUAAUAAAAAAAUACAUCCA